AUGGUCUCGGACUGGUUUGAGACGUCUGGCGCCCGAAAGCUGCGCGACGCCAGCGCGCACAGCUACCAGGAACACCUACGCCACAGUGAGAGCUGUGUGUCGCCCCUGUUUGAGGAAGAUGCACGCCAGAUCGAGCUGGAUCUGCCUCGGACGGGUGAGUCUAUCCGCCUCUUUCUGCUAUCUCAUAGCGAGAGGGAGGCGUUCCAGGAGGACGAAGAGCUGCCACAGCAUGUUAUGCAGCGGUUUCUGCCUCAACUGAAGAAUAUCUUAGUGGCUUACAGUAUGAGAAACCCUCGAGUGGGAUACGUUCAGGGUCACGCAGACGUCCUGUGCUUCCUCUUUGGGAAUGUCAAUGAGCGAAGAGAUGAGGAGGAGACGUUUUGGGUCUACGCCAGUGUCAUUGAGAGAGUUUUUCCUGAGGACUUCUUUGCUAGGACACCAAAGCUGCACGGCUUUCAAGUAGACUGCAAGCUGUAUAACGAACUGGUUGUGAGGAAACUUGUACCGCUUUAUCCCAUCUUGGCCAAGAUUGAUCUGCCUCUUGUGACGACGCUGUUGUCUUGCAAAUGGUUCGUCUCGCUUUGGGUUGGAGAGUUGCCUCUACCGCUACUAUACGAGGUCUGGGACACAAUGCUUCGGGAAGAUGACGGCACGAUACUGCAUCUACUGGUUGCUCUGCAUUUCUUUAGACUUGCGGUGGACGAGAUCCAGCUCCACAUGGAAAUGGAGCAGUGGGACUCGAGUUACAUCUACAAGAUCAUACUGGGCCAGUGCCAGAACGCUACGGAAAUCGCUCCUCAGACGCUGCUUCAACAAGCACAGACACUUUACGGUUUCAAGGACGAGUCAGUUGAGGACAUGCGAGCUGCAAUUCGACGCCUUCCUCAAUUACGCAAGGCGGAGCUCACGGUUUUAGCCAAGCAAACGCAUUUCAGUCGCUUGGAAAUGGAGCGACUGCAGGACGAGUUUACGUUCCUUCGUUAUCAAAGGAAAACGUGUGGUCGCUCCAAGCUGCGUGGUUUAACACAGUAA